AUGGAAGGAGUUGCUCCAUCCCACGAGUCUACUCACGGCAUGACGAGCGAAUCAACUACAGUCGAAACGUCCAGAAGAGAUCCCGAACAAGAAAACGAAUAUCUUCUCUCUGACGUAGAACAUCUUCAGGACCAACUUGAGGAGACAAGACUAGAUCUAUACAAUUCGGUUGCGGAACGGAAGCAGUUAGUUGAAGCGUUAAACGAUCUUCGGACCAAACUCCAGCCAGCUGGCCGCUUGACCAACAGUGAAGUCAAGGGCUUUGUGAAGCAAUUAAAGUACAACAUUUCUAAUCUCGGCGAGCAAUGGCCAGAGAGCGUACCGCUGGAGAGCCCGUCAACGGAUUCCAAGUAUCUGCGGUACCUCCAGUCGAUCACCCCAGAGAGCUCAGACUACCGACGGCUACUGCAAGAUGAAGAUCGGCGUCCGCAAGUAGUCGAGGCCUUCAUUUGGAAGGUACUGGCUACUGAAGUCUUUGGGCACUUCCACUGGGCUGGUGGGACGGCCGCUCCUCAUAUGAGAUCCCUCCAGUUGUUUUUCACACCUGGUCAACUAGGCUCGCCUAGACUCUUUGAAGUCCAGUUGUGGACUUGGAAGACAACCCAGUUAUUCUUUGAAGCCCUCAAUUCUCGAGGGGAUGAUGAGAAGGAUCAGAACAAACUCUAUCUCGAGCGCAUGAAGAACAAUAUCACUUUGCUUAUCAUUGAAACUCUCGGGUUAUCAAUCAACUCUAGUGGCGGUAUCGCUGAGCAGCUGGAUGAUAUCCUGCAGGACGCCAUUGAGUUGGACAAAAAGUUCUGUCAACAGGCUGCUACAUGGGAGUGGAAGUAUCCAUACAAGAGUCAUCACGAGGAAGCGUUGGUUUUUGACGGUGGCUUCAUGAACUUGGAUCAAGCAGAACGCUUUUCUUCUGAUGAAAAGGCCCAGAGUCAGCAGCUGGUUAGGUUCGUCAUUUCACCGGCCCUGAUAAAGCGAGGUGGUAAAGAUGACAUCAAUGACGAACAGGAGACUACUGUGAUGAAGAUGGUGGUAUCAUGCAAGAACUAG